UCGGUCGCUGUCGCGCAGCCGGGCGGAGCUAGCGGUGACUGCUUCCGGGGGCGACGGCGGCGGGGUCGCGGCUUCCGGCUGGUGCCUGCCGGGCGAGGCGAGGCGAUGCGGCCGCUGACGGAGGAGGAGACGCGCGCGCUCUUCGAGAAGCUGGCCAAAUACGUGGGCGAGAACCUGCCGCUGCUGGUGGACCGGCCCGACGGCGCCUACUGCUUCCGCCUGCACAAGGACCGCGUCUAUUACCUCAGCGAGAGGAUCCUGAAGCUGGCCGCCCACGUCCCCCGGGAGAGCCUGGCGUCCCUGGGCUCCUGCUUCGGCAAGUUCACCAAGACCCACAAGUUCCGCCUCCACAUCACUGCCUUGGACUACCUCGCCCCCUACGCCAAGUACAAAGUGUGGGUAAAGCCUGGGGCAGAACAGUCUUUUCUUUAUGGGAACCACGUACUGAAAUCUGGCUUAGGGCGGAUUACAGAGAGCACGGCUCAAUACCAGGGUGUGGUGGUGUACUCCAUGGCUGACGUCCCCCUGGGUUUUGGAGUGGCAGCUCGGUCCACGCAGGAGUGCCGGAAGGUGGACCCCAUGGCCAUUGUGGUAUUUCAUCAGGCAGACAUUGGGGAGUACAUUCGUCACGAGGAGACGCUAACUUAAGGCGUUACAGACUUUUUGAAUAGGACAAGAUCCAAAGGAAUGGACUGAAUUGCCAACUGAUCACUCCCGUUCCCUGCAUUCCUUGGUUGGCUGGGCUGUGCAGUGUCUGUGACAGGGAGAAUCAGGUCGCAAAUGUAUCUGUCUGGUGUUAAUCCAUGAGAUGGCGCAGCGAGAACUGUGCCUGCCUGUAGACAAGCGAAUUGCUGCCAGUCUUCACUCCUACAAAGUAAAACUCUGUCUUAUGUCUCAA